GGGACGGGGCAGCGGGCGGGGGCCGGGCCAGGGGGCGCCCCGCGCAGCGGCUCCCGGGCGCUGCAUUGAGGCCGGGCGGGCGGGCUAGCGGGCGCCGCUGCAGCUAUGUGACUCGCGCCGUGGGCAGCGGAGCGUCGGCGCUGCGGGGCCGCGGGGUCGAGAGAAGAUGAGAGCUCACCAGGCACUUGCCUUCCUCCUGCUCUUCGUGAUCGCCUCUGGGGCCUCUGAGAACGCCAGCACGUCCCGGGGCUGCGGGCUGGACCUCCUUCCCCAGUACGUGUCCCUGUGCGACCUGGACACCAUCUGGGGCAUCGUGGUGGAGGCGGUGGCCGGGGCAGGCGCCCUGAUCACGCUGCUCCUGAUGCUUAUCCUGCUGGUACGGCUGCCCUUCAUCAAGGACAAGGAGAAGAAGGACCCGGUGGGGCUGCACUUCCUCUUCCUGCUGGGGACCUUGGGCCUCUUCGGGCUGACGUUUGCCUUCAUCAUCCGGGAGGACGAGACCAUCUGCUCUGUGCGCCGCUUCCUGUGGGGCGUUCUCUUCGCGCUCUGCUUCUCCUGCCUGCUGAGCCAGGCGUGGCGGCUUCGGCGGCUGGUGCGCCGUGGCAAGAGCCCGUCAGGCUGGCAGCUGGUGGGCGCGGCUCUGUGCCUGGCGUUGGUGCAAGUCAUCAUCGCCGUGGAAUGGCUGGUGCUGACCGUGCUGCGCGACGCCAAGCCGGCCUGUGCCUAUGAGCCCAUGGACUUCGCCAUGGCCCUCAUCUACGACAUGGUCCUGCUGGCUGCCACCCUGGGGCUGGCGCUCUUCUCACUCUGCGGCAAAUUCCAGAAGUGGAAGCAGAACGGGGCCUGCCUGCUGGUCACCGCCUUCCUCUCUGUGCUCAUCUGGGUGGCCUGGAUGACCAUGUACCUCUUCGGCAACGCCGAGCUGCGCCAGGGAGAGGCCUGGGGUGACCCCACCCUGGCCAUAGCGCUGGUGGCCAGCGGCUGGGUCUUCGUCAUCUUCCACGCCAUCCCUGAGAUCCACUGCGCCAUCCUGCCCACCCCGCAGGAGAGCACUCCCAACUACUUUGACACCUCGCAGCCCAGGAUGCGGGAGACGGCGUUCGAGGAGGACGUGCAGCUGCCACGGCCCUACAUGGAGAACAAGGCCUUCUCCAUGGACGAACACAACGCAGCUCUCCGGACGGCGGGCUUUCGUAAUGGCAGUUUGGGGACCAGACCCAGCGCUCCAUUCCGAAGCAACGUGUACCAGCCAACUGAGAUGGCCGUUGUGCUCAACGGGGGGACUACCCAGAUCUACACUCUGAAGACCCCCUGGCAACCCACCGACCUGGGUUAGUGUUGAGACUGGACUCCCCAGCAUCCAGCCUGCCCCCCAGCUCCUUUGAAAUCCUGAUCCCAACCGCUCCGCCGAGUUACACUGGAAGACACCUCUGGUGAAAGACUUUAAACUCCAGAGAAUCAGAAUCUCUCUUACUGAUUUUUCUUCCUUGGCUGUGUCUUUCUUGAGGGAGAGAUCAGUAACAGUAGCGGAACCCAGCCGCCUCGCAGCCAGGAGCUCUGGGAAUCCUAGCCGAGGGGAGUGCGUGUAAAUGUGAACACUGCUGAACUGAAAGAAAAAAAAAAAAUGCUAACACCGACUGCCCACCCCUCCCUGCCACACACACACACACACACACACACGAAAACUUAAUACCAAACCAACCUCAAUCCCUGAAGACUAAAGCAAAGCUAAUUGCAAAUAGUAUUAGGCUCACUGGGAAGGCCGUUUCAUCCUCUGGGUCCUGGGGGUAACACAGAACCAAAUUCACAGCCUGUGGGCCAGGCUGGCGUUGGUUGAAUAUGGAGGUGCCUGUGCCAUCGCCCCCUCACUCUCCCCUGGCAAGUGCUGGUCCCCAGGUGACCUCUCAGAGGUGACCGUUGCAUUGAGAGGACUAGGACUGAUGGGAACGGUUCUACCGGCUGGCCUGUGGGGUUGGACAUUUCAGGAGAGCUCAGGAGGAGCUGAGGAGGUCUUGGGUGUAAUCCCAAGAUGAGACCCCACCCAAUCAUAGAGGCUCAGGGGUGGCUUUCCAAUCAGAGGUGGUGGGGAAUCCUGGCAAGCGCCAAAGAGAAGGCUAUCUGGGAGCUGACGUGCCCAUCACGUUUAGAAAGUGGUGACCGACCACUGUUCCUUCUGUGGGCCUCUGGCCCCAGCGUUGGUGGCAGGACAGCAAUCCCACACUCCCAUCCCCCCCCCAGAGGCUGGCCGGGACACCCCGCAAUGUCCUAGUGCUCCUCAGCCUUUGCCCCAUUUUAUCCUCACGUUCAUUUCAAAAGCUCACUGGCUUCGGGCCUUUCUGGGUUGGCCAUGACAAGGCCACAAGCAGGUCUCCCACGAUGGCGUCACAUGACAGGGUUCAGGGGAGGGGGAGCUCAGGACGGAGAGAGUACCCCUUCUGCCUCACCUGCAGUGAAUUCCAGGUCUUUUGCCUGGAUGUAGUGAAAGUCCCCAGGGUGAGGGGCAGGACACAUGGGGUUGUCUUGCUGCUUUGGGGUGGUGUGUGGGGUCAUCUCUGUCUUGGUUUUUCUCUCCAAGUUCCAUGAAAACUAGCUCUCUUCAAAGCUCAUUGUUUCUGCCAUGGUCUCCAUCUGUCCUGAGCAAGUCGUUCCUUUGUUAUUUGGCAUCUCCAACAUCUCAGCCACUCCAAGGCCCCUGCUCUGCACUGUUUGGCCAGUAUACCCGCUAGCAACGACUCAGAGCAAACACUAACCUGACCGCGUGGAAUGUACACUCGAGAGCGGGUCCCUUGGCCUCUAUUCUAACUGCCAUAUUGCUGUUUUCCGUUUCUUCUUCUAUAAAAACAACCCAUAAGCCUUUAACCUUUACAGAAAAUGAAGAAGGUUAGUGUUUUCGGGAGACGGGAGGCUAACCUCUUCAGAAGCCACUGUGUCACGGCUGAAUAUGUUUGAAUAAACCUUCUAAUUUUUCUCGAGGCCCUAGUCUGCUGUGUCCCGACCUCACCCUCCCGCUUCCUUACAGAGCACUGGGGGAAGACUGAGGCCAAUCUGGCCAGCCCCCACCCUGCACCCUGCUCCGAGUUUUCCUUUCUGCUAGUGUUUCCUUGCACUGAGCAUGCAUGGGGAGGAGCAAGCAUGGCUCCUGCCCACAGCAUGUGCUUGUUUCUGGAGGAUCGGAUUCCAGCCCCCCUGUGCCCAGGACGCAUUGGGGGGAACUGGCCACAUGGCGUACUGGGUGGUGGGGCGGGUGGUUGCAUGCAGACCCAGUCUUCUGCAAAUACAGACAUCUCCGCACACCUCGGUCUGGUCCAGUGAGAGGCGACAGCGCUAUGCCUUCUCGUGCCAGGAAGUGGCUACUCACCCCAGCUCUCUGGAGUCCUUUGGAGCUCUCUGACCUACCCAUGACUCGGUCUGCAAGAGUGCCCCCUUGCAGAAGGGAGAGGCUCUCAUGCUCGCUGGCUCUCAGUUCUUGGUUCCGGAGUAGAAGGUGAGCCCCCCCACCCCCGAAAAUGGCUGCAGGUGGAGCGGUGGUCCUGCCUCCAUAAACCCGGAGCUGCUCUGAGCCGCGGGGGAGAGCUCACUGAGUGGAUGAGACCUGUGGCUUGGCUUUGCUUUCCAAACUCUGAUCUGAUCUUGCGCUUCUGGGGUUUUUGUUUUAUUUUGGCCCCUCCCAGUGGAGACGGAGGUGGGGAAAGGGCAGAGGACUGCUUUUCCUGAUGGCCUCUCCCUGAUGGGCACACAAGGUCACUCACCGUCUGCCAGGACACCCUUGGGGCUGCCCCCACAGAAUGAGUUUAAAGCCACUUUUAAACGAGAUGGCACCUCCAUUUGUGUCCACAAGACUUGCCCUGGAGGAGAGCAUCUGUGGUGAAUCCCUAACUGUAAGCACAAGUCUUUCCAUGUCCCCUUAGUCAAGACACCUUGGGAGUAUAACAGCCACUCUUAUUACCCCACCCCCUUAAUAGAACCUGGUUGUUCUGUUCUGGAUUUCUGGCUGAGGCUGGAGGAUGGAGAGUAGGGGAGUCAGCUCAGAGAACCCACAAACUGGGGAGGACUGUGUCUCAAGGGUUUCAGAUUUCGGUGUUGAGUCAGGGAUCCAGUGCUUGUAGCACAGAUUCUGUCAGGGCCCCACUAAGCAGGUGUCCACUGGGGGUGGUCUUCUUGCUUAGCCCAAGCUGAGCUGAGCCCCAAACAGAAAGGGAGCAUUGUGGCUCUUAUAAUCCAGUGAUUAUACCAGCUUCCAGGAGUUCACAGCAGGUGCUUUGUAUUCAUUGAUAAAAGAGCUAAAGCUCGUUUUUGAUAGAUAAUAUAUAUUUAUUAAAUGUAUUAAUGUGUGUUUUAUAAUGUACCCUCAUCCUUCCCUGGCUGACUACUGCAUACUUACUAAAAAAAAAAAAUCGUAAAGGCUAUUUCCAGACAAUCAAUGUAUAUCAUGAAAUGACUGUAUAUAAAUAUCACAGAUUUAAAAGGUUGUAAAGCAUGGGCAGAUAGGUUUUAUUUUCCAAAUGCUGUUCUUAACACAAAAAUAAAGGCUUUACUAUUUACUUAA